CUCUUUUACACAGACACACACACACCCAGAACAGCUAUACAUAGACACAGCUCAGCUGAACAGAGCAGGGGAUACACCGAGGAUAUACACUUCCAGACUCCUUAAGAGUUAGACAGAGACACCCAAGAUCUACUUUCUAACCUGUCACUUAAUAGACUUUACCAACUUAACGAGUGUCACAGACCUAUAGAGUCAAAGUAAGACAGCUGGAAAACCUGUUUACAAUUCCUGGUUGGAAAAUAUAAUAAUUAUUUGGAUAUUGGGGGAAAAAAACGUCCCUGAAGGAAUAAUUUAGAAGAGACUGAUGCCUUUUCGUUCUUCUUGGACAGAUAUGAUACUUUGUGUGCGAGGUCCACAAAGCCUACUGGCAGAUCAGAGGUCCCGAAGACGUUCCUCUUGUGUGGGUGUCCCUGGAUUUUCAUCUGACCAAGUGAUGCAUCCUCUAAACCCCCCAGUCUGUUUGAGACAGACUUCUUCCAACAACCAGGACACCUUAAGGAUAGCAGACAAUCCCUUAUCCCUUCCAACGCCACAAGCUAUGAAUCGUGACCCUGAAGAAGACCUGCUAUGUAUUGCUAAGACCUUCUGCUACCUGCAGGAAUCUGGAUGGUACUGGGGUUCCAUUACAGCCACAGAGGCAAAGCAGCAAUUACAGAAGAGACCAGAAGGUGUCUUCCUGGUGAGGGACAGCACACAUCCAAGCUACCUCUUCACCUUAUCAGUUCGCACUAAUAGAGGUCCCACAAACAUUCGCAUUGAGUAUUCUAACAGUCAGUUCCAAUUGGACACCAACAGCCUUUCCAAGCCUCUUAUCUUAUCCUUCCCAGAUGUGGUCAGCUUGGUGCAAUAUUAUGUGUCUACUUGUAACUCCGAGGGUGGUGAGGAGUCAACCUGCCAAGAUCCCAUUGGGCCACCUUCACCGAAAGAGCCUGCCGCCGUGCACUUAAAACUACUGAAACCCCUUCCCAAAGCAGGAAGGACCUCCAGCUUACAGCACCUAUGCCGACUAGAAAUAAAUAAGAACUUAACACCUGGCAAAGAUGUGGCAGACCUCCCACUCCCCAACAGAAUGAUAGAAUUUUUGCAGAGGUACCCAUUCACGCUCUGAGUGUCCCUUGGCAGGAUAUUUCCAUCUUGACUGUGUCUGCCAUGCAGAUGUACUAACUUAGUCACCAUACCAGGGUGGCACUUGUGAUCCCCAAGACUUUGUAUCUACAAUAUUUAUUUAAUUAUUUUUAUAUCCAGAUUUCUUGAGAGGUUUCACCAGCUGUGAUCUCCAGAUUCUAUGAAGAGGAAUUAUUCAACGUAUUACAUAUCACAUAAUGUACCGCUAGUUCUUAUUGUUACUGUGUAAACAUCUAAAGGAAUUUAGAGACAAUUAAUAGUAUAUUAUAUAAGUUUUUUAAUAGACACCAGGAAGCCAGAAAGGAGAUCGGUGCUGCUAAUUACACAACACAAUUACCUGUAUUUGCAAAGAGCAGAUUAUAGUUGCAGAUAGGUUACAUUUCUAUGUGAUGAGUCUGCUCGUCAGCCUGCAGCAAUUCUAGUAACUGUUAUACAGAGAAUCAGACUCAUGAGUCGCUCCAUGUGAAAUAAAUAGGACAUUUGAUAUUA